AUUUCUCUCUCUCCUCUACCUUCUCUCUAAAAGACGGGAUACACAGAACAACAGGAAAACAAAUAGAGGAGAGGAAGGAAGAAAGAAGAGCACCUAUCUACUCCAUGGGCUGUGGAGCUGCUCCCAGGAAUCCCCUCUGGGUUUGACGAGAUUCAUACAGAAAAAUAAUUCUCAUUUUUCCCUUUCCCCCCAAGAAUUUACCUGUGCGGGAGAACUGCUUGUUUCUGCUUUGUUUUUCCAUUUUUGUUUUAUUGCGAUUUUUUUUUUGGUCCGUUCUUCUUCACCUGUGUGGAGGUGGGGGCCUGAGGGAAUCAUGGGGAAGGAAGGACCCUGCCGUCAUUGCGGAGUCCCAAGUACUCCCCUUUGGCGAAAUGGGCCACCAGAUAAGCCGGUGUUGUGCAAUGCAUGUGGCUCGAGAUGGAGAACGAAGGGUUCGUUGGCAAACUACACCCCAAUGCAUCGGAAGGAUGAUAUUGAUGAUGAUGAACCUAGAAUUAACAAGCUGAAGCCACCAACAUCAAAGUUGAAAUCACAGAAGAAAAAAGCAAAUCACAUCAUAAUUGAGAAUGGGCUAUUUUCUUGUCAGAAUUUCCGAAAGAUGGGGGAUCCUGACCCAAGCUAUCGAUCUGGUUCAGGAUCUGCAGUAUCAUACUCUGAGAAUUGUGGGCCAUAUGGUGCCUCUAAUGCAAGCGAAAUGACAGGUUCAGCACAAUCACAUGCUUGGGAGUCCCUAGUGUCAUCGAGAAAAAGGAGCUGGGUCACUCGUCAAAAACCUUCACCAGUAGAAAAACUUGCAAAAGAUCUUAACUCCAUCAUGCAUGAAGAGCAGCUAUAUUACCUUUCAGGAUCAUCAGAGGAAGACCUACUAUACCAUAGUGAAACUCCUGUGGGCUCCUUAGAGAUAGGAUCUGGAAGUGUGCUUCUAAGGCAUCCGAACUUGAAAUCACUGGAAGAAGAAUCAGAAGCAAGCUCCAUUCCUGCAGAUAACAAAUCAUACAUCACAAGUGAAUCCUACUCUGGGUCUGCCUCGUUUGUUGCUCAUAGUGGAAACAGAGCAGCAAUCAACCUAAAUGCUGCAACUGCAAGGCCAAAGAGGUUGCCGCUGAAUAUUGAAGAUAAUGCUAGAAGGGAUAAACUUCAUUACGGAAAUCAGCAUAUCCCAGAGAGUAUUGAUUCAGCUUUAGUUUCAGUAGGUUUAGAGGAAAAGGAGAUUAAGGCAACUGGGGGUGUGGAGAAUAUCAGUCGAUCAAAAGGCUUUACCAAGUCCACUAUGAAUCUGCUCAAAAGAUCCCAUGACACUCACAUUCAGAGUGACACAGAACUAGAGGGUACCAUGAUGAAUCAUAAAAAAGUUCUAAAAUCUGGGGAUUUGGCUCCUGAAUUUAAAAGCUCAUCUCUGCUGAAAUCGAGCUAUCCCACCAAAGAUUCAACCUGCGCUGGAGAAGCACUUAACUUAUUUAUGUUACCCCCAGAAAAGUUAUCCCUGUUGGUCCCUCAACAAUAUGUCGAUGACGACUCUGAUCAAGACUUGCUGCUGGAGAUUCCUCUAAAUGCAUGGCACGCGGAGGCAGAACUUCUUUGUCAACCAUCUCAGCUGAGUUCAAUAACUCAGAGCUCCAACUCCGUGGAUGGGGUUGCUGGAGGAGAGGGGCGUCUCAAGCAACCAUAUGGAACCCAGCCCGCAAACCCGGCCUCCGGCUCGCCACUCUCUUAUCCCCUUUCCUUCAUCCGCAACGCAACGGAGGCCGCCCUUCUCCUCGCCGCUCCCCGCCCGCCCGCCCGCUCGCGCACCAUGCUGCUCCACCUCGUCACCUCCUCCUCCCCCCUAACCACGGCACGCCCCUCGACGCAGAGGCGUCCGUGCGUUUCCGCGGUGGCGGCGGUGACGAUUAGGUGCGCAGCGUCCUCCUCGAGCACCCCGUCGUCGUCUGCAUCGGAGGCGGCUGCUGCUGGGCAGCAGGUGGCGAAGGUGCACAGCUACGGGACGGUGGACUACGAGCGUCGCGCUCCGCUGCGGUGGGGAACCCUGUACCGGCGCAUCGCGGUGGGGCACGGCGGGCGGCCCGUGGGGCGCACGCUGGGGUCCUGGGACGAGGGGGAGCGCCGCCUCGACAAGUGGGAGCUCUGCCGCAUCGCCAAGGAGCUCCGCAAGUUCAGGAGGUUCAACCUCGCGCUCCAGGUUUAUGAUUGGAUGGCAGGGCGCAGAGAUAGAUUUCCACUCUCAUCAAGCGAUAUGGCAAUUCAGUUGGAUCUGAUUGCUAAAGUACAUGGUGUUUCACAUGCUGAGAAAUACUUUGAGGAUCUUCCUGAUACCAUGAAGGACAAGCGGACUUACGGUUCCCUUCUAAAUGUUUACGCCCAAGCUACGAUGAAAGAGAAAACGGAAGACACAUUUCAGCAAAUGAGGAAAAAGGGAUUUGCUUCUGACACGUUACCUUGUAAUGUGCUGAUGAAUUUCUAUGUGGAUGUUGGAGAGCCUGAUAAAGUGUCGUCAAUUAUUGAUGAGAUGAAGGAUAGAAAUGUUUCCUUUGAUGUAUGCACUUACAACAUAUGGAUAAAGAGCUGUGCAGCCAAACAAGAUGCUGACGAAAUGGAGCGAGUCUUUAGCCAGAUGAUCGCUGAUGAGUCUGUUAUUGCAAAUUGGACAACUUAUACCACACUGGCUAGCAUGUAUAUUAAGCUUGGGAACUCUGAGAAGGCAGAAGAAUGUUUGAAAGAAGCUGAAAAGAGAACUACAGGUCGGGAGAAAAAGUGUUUUCACUAUCUCAUCACACUCUAUAGCCAUCUUGGCAAGAAGGAAGAAGUUUACCGUAUUUGGAGCUGGUAUAAAGCAACUUUCCCUACAAUUCAUAACCUGGGUUACCAAGAGGUACUAUCAGCCCUUGUAAGGAUAGGAGAUAUUGAGGGAGCUGAGCUUCUAUAUGAGGAAUGGGCAUCCAAAAGCUCUAGUUUUGAUCCUAAGACUAUGAACAUUUUAUUGGCAUGGUAUGCUAGAGAAGGUUUGAUUACCAAGGGUGAGCAAAUUCUGAACCGAUUUGUUGAGAAAGGUGGAAACCCCAAGCCAAACACCUGGGAAAUCCUUGCCACAGCCUACCUGAAGGAUAAUAAAAUAUUGGAAGCUCUGUCAUGCAUGGAGAAAGCCACAGCAGUUAAAAGUGCAAGUAAAUGGAAACCAAGACCCACCAAUGUUGAGAGUCUUCUGGCAAGUUUCAAGGAGAAGAAUGACACAGAGGGUGCAGACAGGUUAGUGAGUGUACUUACAAGUAGAGGAUGUGCUGAGGAUGAAGAAUACAAGUCACUGAUUGACACCUAUGCUUUUGCGGGCACAUAAUGGUGGAGGCAAGAGUAACGAUAUGAUGAGUACCGUGCAUUGAACAAUUGCAUUGCUUGCCUGUAAUGUUUUCUAAACAUGUGUGCUCAAUUGGUACAGCUAUGUCAAUUCCAGAGGGGUUGCAUGCAUUUGAUCAGAUGUUUCGCUAGACAAAGCAAGACAACAAGGUACAUAGAUCUUUCUGAUCCUUGGCUCAGCUAGAAAUUCUAAAAUCAUGAACAAGGGGCCAAUUAGAUGGCUUCUUUGUACUUUCGAAAUGUAUAUUUACAUUAUUUUUGAGGAUUAAUCAAGCCUUCUUGGUGCAAUAGUUUUAUCAACAGCUGGUUGAGGUUGUUUACUUUCUGCCUACAAACCGGUUCAGUUUCUUAAUUUGUACAUAAACUAGAUUCGAUUGCUUUGCUUGAUUACCGUUGAAGUCAAUAAGAGGAUGCAUGACUAGAAGCUUUUUCUC